UAACCAAGGAAAAAUAUAAUAUUAAUAAAAAAAAAGCGCUGCAAUAAUAAUGAAUGAAUUUGUCAAAUAUUAUAAUUUAAUAAAAGUAUAAUCAAUUAAUGUAUACAAUGAUGACAGUUACCAUGACAACAACAUUAAAGCUUUUAUUUAAAAAAUGCUUAAUAAUUAUUAUCAAGUUUUAUCAUCAACAAAUUAAAUGACAAUAUUUUUGAAAUAAUAAAAUGUCCAACGAAAGUUAUGAUAAACUUUGGCAAGAUGCACAAAAUGAUCUUGAUGAGGUAAUUAAUAUUGAUUCGAUAUAUCAAAAUACAAAGCCUCAAAAAGAUCGUAAAAAAAUACAUAAAAUAGUAUCAGAGCUAUAUGUUAAAUAUAUAUCAAUUUAUAAUAGAUUAGAACAAGUUUAUGAUCAAAUUAUUCAACCACAAAAACGUCAAUUAAUACGUAAACUUGUUGAUUCAACAUUGGGACGUAUAUUAGAAUUAAAACAUGAAUUAGUUGAAAUUGAUUUAUCAGAGUACAACUACUAUGAUAAUGUAUUAUUUCAAAAUAGAAUAUUAUCACAAGAUAAUGAAAUUAGAAUACCAACAUAUUUUAGAAGAGAAAGAGAACAAGAAAUAAUUGAAAGAAAAUUAUUUAUUGAAAAUAUAUUGAGAACACUUGGUGUACUUGAUGAAAUUAUUGAGCCAAAAAUUAUGACUGAAUUAGAGGCAAUUAGACUUGUUCAAACACAUGAAAGAGCACGUCAAGGUCGUAUCAGAUUUCAAUUUAUGAAAGAAAUACGAGAAAUGAAAGAACAAUCAGCAAUAAAAUUAGAUAAUAAUAAUCAAACACAUGAUUUACUUAAAGAAAUAUCAGCUACAAUUAAAAUUCAGAAAGUAUGGCGUGGCUAUAUAACACGUUGUAGAAUUAAAAAAAAAAAAUUACAAGAAAUGCUAUUAAUUGGAAUGAUUCAACCAAGUCAAACGAUGCCAUCACAAAAUCAACGUAACAUUGAAGUGAUUAAAAAAUCAAGAUACAUCAAGCAAAAAGAGUACAAUGAUAUUUAUGAAAAAAUGUUAAUUGAUACAAAAGAAUUUAUAAAAUUUCAACAAAGUGAUAUUAUCAAAGAAAAUAUGAAAAAACAAAUAAGACAAUGGAUCAAUGAGUAUUUUAAUGAAACUGGUAAAAUACCAGAGUUACCAUCAGUUGAAAGUGGUGGAUCCAGAAUGAUUUUAAGUCGUCAGGGAACUGAAAGUUCAAUGAGUAAAUCAAAAGAAUCAUCAUCAUCAAAAGAAUCAAAACGUUCAAAAAAAUCAAAAGCUAAAAAAGACAGUGAACCUGAUAAAUCAGAAGAUGAUGAAUCAGAUCCAGGAAUAAAACCAGCACCAACAAAUUUUUUACCUGAAAUAUUAAAUGCUAAUUUAGAGUAUCAAGAUAUUUGGAAAAAUAAAGAUGAAACAAAUAAUCCAUGGCAAAAACCAUAUGAAGAUAUGAUAUAUGCUGAUAAAACACGUCAAGUUGAAAAUGAAAUAAGAAUUAUUGUUGAUCAAGAAAUGAGAAAUGACAUUGAGGCUCUUCAAGCAGCUCUUGAUAAAGACAAAGGACACAAAGGUAAACGUCAAAAAAAAUCACAAAAACGUGUACGUCGUUCUGGAAAAAAAAAUAAAAGAAAAAAAGAAAAAGAUUUAACACCAGAUAGAACAACUGAAUCACUAUUUGAAGAGCUAUUAAUAAAUGGUAUUAUAAAAUUAGUACCAGAAGUAUAUUUAAAUUCAUUUAAAGGUGAAAAAUCAUAUGCAAAUUAUGAUCUUUGGUAUGAUGAUGAUAAAAAUCCACUACCAGCAAUUGGUGAUAUUAAACAAAUUAUUGCUGAAUAUUGUAUUUUACCAAUUGGUUCAGAAUAUAUAAGACAAUUAUCACCACUUGUUAGAUCUGUACUAAUUGCUGGUCCACAUGGUAGUGGAAAAAAAAUGUUAGUUAAUGCAAUAUGUACUGAACUUGGUGCAACAUUAUUUGACAUAACACCAUCAAAUAUUGCUGGUAAAUAUCCAGGUAAAUCUGGUCUUGUAAUGUUGUUGCAUUUAAUUUCCAAGUUGUCACGUAUACUUCAACCAUCAGUUAUAUUUAUGGAUAAUGCUGAAAAACCAUUUGUUAAAAAAGCACCAAAAACAGAUAAAACAGAUCCAAAAAGAUUGAAAAAAGAUUUACCAAAAUUAGUUAAAAAUAUAACAAAUGAAGAUCGUGUUAUUUUAAUUGGUACAACAAAUACACCAUGGGAUGCUGAUCAAAAAUUAAUAUAUCAAACAUAUGAUAAAGUUAUAUUUAUACCAAGACCAGAUUAUGGAACAAUGUCAAUGCUUUGGAAAGAUUUAUUAUAUCGGUAUUCUGGAAUAAGCAGACAAUUUGAUACAUCAGCAAUGACUAAAAUUUGUGAUGGUUACACUGUUGGUACUGUUAUUGAUGCGAUAAAUGAGGUCAUGACAACAAAAAGAAUGGUACAAUUAAGAGUCCAGCCAUUAACACAUGCUGAACUUGUUAAUGCUCUUGCUGCUAGAGAUCCAGUUUAUCGUGAAGAAGAAGAAGCAUUUUUAGGAUGGUUUUCAAAAACACCAAUGUGUCGUAAAAAACAACGUGCUGUUGAAUUGGAACAGCAAAAACUUGAUGAAGCUAAUGAGAAACAAAAAAAAAAAGGAAAAAAAUAAUAUAUUUAAUUUUUUUUCUUUUUUAUAUGUUUCAUGUCAAUAAAAAUGUCAUCUAUUCGUCUGCUAAUUUUUAAAUGACGCAUGACAUAUGACCAUGAAAUGCCAUGACAUUACAGACAUGUCACAAUGUUACAAUUUUCUCUUGAAAAUUCAAAUGAAUAUUCAAUGAACAAAUUUUAUUUCAUAUCAACUUGAUGAAUUUUUAAUUUAUUUACUAAU